AUGGAGGAUCUAGUGCUAAACUCAAUGCGCACAGGGACUUGUACUUCCCGACCCGCGCGCAGGUUCCUUUACCCCUCAGCGCUGGACCUGGAGCCUGGACUCGACGAUAAGCAGUCGGGUGGGGGUUUCAAGGAAUCCAAGGCGCACAACCCCGCCGACAUCGUGAUAGGGCGAGCAGGGCUCGAGUCAAAGUUGACAGGGCCUCUGACCAGAGCCUGUCCAGAGGUGACAGGGUCAGAGAGGAACCCGGCAAAAGCUUUGCGGAACGCCGACAUUGAGAAGUUGAGCGUAUUUGUUGCAAACGGAAGAAUGGAUCGAAAGCUGCACGAAUCGGUCGAUUGA